AUGCCGGAACACGUCCCAGACUUGCACUCCUUAUCUUUGGAACAAAGAGCGCACUCAGGUUUACCAAAGCACUUCUCACGAGAUUCUUUGGUGUUGAAGAUGCACUUUCCAUUCACGCACAGCUUGGAGCGGCACUGCACAUUGCCCUUGCAGCUGGCGCACUCGCCCUUCGGGAAGCACUGCGGGGAAUUUUCUACGGAACCGUUGACACACUUGCCUUCACGGCAAGUGCCGGAGCCGCACUGCAGGUCAUUCCUGCAGCUCUCACACUCUCCCAAGAAGCACUUGCGAAGAGAGCGCCUAGACCCGUCGUUGCACCUCUUCGGGAUGCCGGUGCACUUGCCCGUCUUGCACUGCUCGCCAAAUCUGCAGAGAUCGCAUUCCUCAAGCUUGAAGCACUUGAGGCGGGACUCGGCGUUGUCAAAGACGCACUUGCCCUUCUCGCAAAGGUUGGAGCCACAUUCCUCGUCGACGUCGCAGCGCCCGCACUCCCUCCGGAAGCACUUGAUACGGGACUCCUUCGUGCCAAAGUUGCAGCGCUUGGGCACGCCGGAGCACUUGCCAGUCCGGCAGUCGUCGUUCUCGGCACACUUGGCACACUCGGGCUUCUUGGCGCACUUGGCCAGGCCCGCCGAAGAGAAGACGCACUUUCCGGAAAGGCAAAGUUUGGUGGCGCAGUUGAACGAGGUCUUGCAGGGCUUGCACUCAGCGGCGAAGCCGCAUUUGAGCAGGCUGGACAGCUUUCCGUCCGAGCAUUUGCCGCCCCAGCACUUGGGUGAUUUGCAUUCAUAG